AUGAUCCAGGAGUACGUUACAUUAUUAGCUCAGGUGCUUAACUUGGUUCCAGAGGAUGAUUCUGAUCUGAUAUCUAUUUUAUGUGAUAUUUGCAAUUCUUACGAAAAUACAGCCUCUAAAGAUGAGCUAUAUACAUACACAACGUUUGAAAUAAGCCAGAGGUUUAAUAACAUCGAGCCAACGGAAUUGAAUUUUGUAUAUGAUGACACAUCGAAGUGGGAGAAGCUUUUAUCUCAUCAGUCAUCGGAAUUGAGCUACAUUAUCGCUUUGCAUAUAGUAUUAUGUCUCAUUGAGAAUUCAAUAGUGAACAAACAAAGUUUUGCAAAACAUCCAGCCAUGAAAUCGUUUGUGAAAGCCCGCUUACGUGGAAAUGAAAUGGAUCCUUUGUUGAACGCAACUUUCGGAGAGUUGUAUUGCCACGUCUUUGCCAUUCAAGCUAACGCUGAAGAUAUACGAUUUGUAUACGAAAACACCUACCCUUAUGAUUGGAAUAUUGUCGAAAACAUUGCAAGCCAGAUAACCGAUCAGUCUAUGCAAACACAUUUGCUAUUUGAAAAUUGUUACCUAACAUUCGCAAAUCUCAAAAUUCCUAACAGCUUCACACUUCAAGUCACUCUAGAAUUAUUGAACACUACUUCGAAUAGAGUCAUCACCUUAGGGAAGAACACUUACCUAGAAAUCAGGGACACCCAUAUAUGUAUAUCGAAUGAUGAAUUUAUUACGGCAUUAUUUGAUGGUUUCGAAUUUGAAAUAGGCGUGAUUUACUCAAUGAUUUUAUGCUUUGAUGCUGGCUCAGUGACGUUGUUUGUUGAUCACGUAUUUAUCCAGACCAUCCCACUUGUCUCAGAUAGCAUUGAAGACCUCUCUACUGUGGAACUUGGAUCUAUGCUUUCAUUUUUUGCAGUGUUCAAAUUUACUAUACUCGAUUAUUGUAUAACGCCAAAUCAGAUGGCCUCGAAAUCAACAAUCUGUGCUUUCGGAUAUCAUAAAGGGGUAAUAUUAGAUAUAGACAUUGAUGAAAUUAUAAUGGAAAGCGAUAAAAAUAUGAAAGUGUUUACGUUGACCGAUAUUUCGGAUUCUUUUCCAACUGGAAAAUGCUCAUACUACCAAACUUCUGAUAUAGUGGGCCUUUUAUUAAACAUGAAUGUAAUGGAAACCUUUUUGCAUAGGUUAAUUGUGGAAAAAGACAGCUCUUCCAUUAGGAUUAUGACAUCCCAUAUUAUAAAAUAUCUCAAAAAUUCUGCUAUGGAUAACCACUUCCAGUCUAUUCAAGGAAAUCUUGUUUUGAACUAUAUCCUCACACUAAAAGCUGAAAUUGGAAACAUUAUAGAUAUUAAGGUGGUUGAAGAUCUUACAGAGCUUUUCACAUUGAUGAACACCAACACCAUAAUUGAAGAAAAUUUCAUUGCAGAGUCUCCUUUAAAAAUAUUACUUAACUUUCGUUUGAUUCCUCUGGUUGAUGUAGCUGUCUUUGAGCAACUCUUCAUUGGGCUAAGCUCUAUUUUCAAUAAACAUUCGAGUCGCAAUGUGAACUCGAUAUCGGAAGGUAUUACUAUUCUCCAAAGAACAAUUUUGUUUCAAUUACAUUCCUCUUUUGACACUAAUGAUUUAAAUGUCAUUAUAUCAGACUGCGCUAAAAGUUUGAAAAAUCUCCUUGACAUAUUAUUAUAUUGCAACAUUCGGAAUGAUGGUACCAUUGUGCACUUGCAAUUCUCUUAUUUUUGUCUCAAAAAAGGUCAUAUUACCUUGGCUAAAGUUCUUCUCGAAUCUUUGGAUUCAGUUUUCACACAAUACCAAAUUGACGACCGUGAUUUUCUGUGUAAGAGCAUACCCAUAAAUUUAUAUGUCAAGGUCAUUUUUAUUUUAAUGCAAAGCAGCAUUCAACAUUUGGAAAUCCUAAAGGUGGCAUAUUCUAUAUUGUUGAAGCUUUUCGAUAAGCAACCCGGAUUCUUUGCUCAAUUUACAAACAGUAACGGGUAUAAAAUUUUACUCAGUAUACUCUCAACUCAUUCGAUCAGUGAAGCGGAGCUAUUAACAACAAUUCUUAACGUAUCUGCUUCCAAAGGCACAGUGAAAAGGGACCUGUUUUAUAAGAAUAUCCUAUCUCCGCCUGACGAUGGAAUCUCACUUUUCUCUCAUUCAGUGGUUAUUAACUUGUUAGAUUCUUUUAUUAAGAGAAAUCCCUUCGCCAUCCAAGAAUUUUUGCUAACUUUCAUUGAAUAUCUCAAAAAAAUGCACCAAAGAAAUCCUAAUCAUAUCCUUUUCACAUCUCCUUAUCCUAUCAUUCAAAGUAUCUUCGGAUUACAAAUGAAUCUUGAAAUGUUGGCGGUGGAAAAGUUAUUACCAACAGUAAACGUAUGCAACAAAUCGCUACUAGCAGACAUUAUUGUUCAGAAGAUGAAAACUUACGAUCCAGAAUCAUUCAAAACUCUCCUAAGUUAUAUUGUUAGUUACAGCGAAAAUAGUAAGAGGCCGAAAAGUUCUCAAAUAUGCCAAAAAAUGGGGCUCGUAUUUUUAAUAGUGCCUAGAAUACUAAAAAGACUAUCUGCUUUGUCUUUCACUGUGGAAAAGGACCACUCAAAACUAGUGUUUGUAGAAAAUAUUCUACACCUUGUAAGCAUUUCAUCGGCUUCUUGGAAAGUCCAUGAUGCAUCCUGGGAGGCCCUCAUUAAUACCAAUUUAGUAAUUCUCAAAGCCAGAGAAUUGAUUUCCAAAUCGGAUUUUGAGUCUUCCUUCCAGACGGACAUCCUUCGAAAUCUCAAUUCAGUACAAGAAGAGAUAUAUAACUGGAUUGUUGCGAACGGAAUUCGUAAAGACAGCAAUAUAGAACAUGAUAUGAUAGAGCAACUAUUGCAUGCUAUGCUAUAUUAUCAAGAGGUACUUUUCAUUGAAAGACAUAAGGAAACGACGUUGAGCAAUGAAGUAUUAGCUAAUAUUCUCACAUUCAUCAGGCGCGUUAUCCUCAUGUCUGAACCUCAUGUACAGUUUUUGGGUCUAAACGUUUUUAGAACGAUAUGCACAUUGAGAGAUGCCAGCUUACCUUCUAUUUCGAAGACAUGCACAAAUGAAAGUUCGAAGUGUUUUGAAUUUUUAGCCAAAAGUGUCAAGUCUGAUGAUGACACUUUACUUCAAGCUUUACGGGACGCCACCAGCAAUGUUCUCUUUAGCAAAAGCGUCAAGAGGCUUCAAACAUUAUACAAGAUGGAUGGAAUAAGAAUGGACGGUCACCGGAGGGUUAGCAGAUCACAGUUAACCCAUAUACUAUUUAAAGAAAGGACAGAUGAGUACGACCGUUCAAUCAUUGAUUCGAAUAGCAUAUAUGCCCUCUUUAAAAAGGAUAAUGUAAAUUUAACAAAAAAAAUGGUUUUAAUUGAAGAAAGGCGGCUCAAUGACUAUCUUGCCGAUGACAGAUAUCAGAAGGAGGCUGGAUAUGCAUGCGCAUUGAGAGUAAUUAGAAAGGUUGCAUCCACAGCAUACUUAAGAGACUUCAAAUCUACAAGAGAAUGGUAUCUCGCUGCAAGAGAAAAUGUGAAGCGACAACGAAUCCAGUUGCUACCUGUGUUUGAACCUAUCGACUUUCUACCUUCAUUGAAAUUGAAACUUCAAGACAUUCAUAAACAUAGAGCCGCCCUGCCGCAUUCUGACACGGCUAGCACGAUAAUAUCAACACAAGAUCUCAAUGUCGAUGUUGAAAGUGAAGGAUCUGAUCAAUUUGCUUUAGAUAAGAACAGGGCUGUUCUACAGUUACUCCGAAAGGACGAACGUAUUUUGAAUAUAUGGAAUGCUUCUCAUAUUAUCGGUCUAUUGGCCAAACCUGGCGUAUUGGUAUUAACCACUUCUUCUUUAUACUUCAUCUCUGGAUGUUAUUAUGAUUCAAAUGAGAAAAAAGUAUUGGACUUGGAUGCUCUUCCGGAGAUUCUGAGAGACUUGACAAUUGAUUCACUGUCCGCUGACCUCAUAACGAAAUCUAUCGAAGCAGAUGCAGAAAUAGAAUCAUUAAGAUAUGGCUGGAAAGUCAAAACUCUAAACCGCACAAUAAAACGUCCCUUUUUGCUACGCGACACAGCUAUGGAACUGUUUUUCGGUCUCAAAAACACUAUUAUGUUCAGCUUCAAAGAUCAAAGUAUUAGGGAUGAUGUGUUUAGCACAUUGAAAAAGUACGCGAAAGAUGAUAAACAUGACUCUAUUUGGUCUUCUAUCCUUGAAGAAGUUAAUUUUAAAAGUAACGUAUUAAGCUCGAAGAACGGUAUCUCACGCACUUCGAUUUCUGACAAAGUUAGUGCAGCUUUCACUAGUAUCACUAAAUAUCAUGCCUCUGAAAAAAUAUUGGAUCUAUGGCAAGCGGGGUCUCUAUCAAACUUUGAUUACUUGAUGGCAUUGAAUACACUCGCUGGUAGAACGUUCAAUGAUCUCACGCAAUAUCCUGUUUUCCCGUGGGUUAUUGCUGACUAUGUUAGUGACAGUAUUGAUCUUGAGAAUCCAAAAACGUAUCGGGACUUGUCAAAGCCAAUGGGUGCUCAAAGUGAGAAGCGUAUGAUGAACUUUAUUGAGCGUUUUCAGGCCCUCAAAGAUCUUGAUGACACCUCUACCCCUCCAUUCCAUUACGGUACUCACUAUUCAUCUGCUAUGAUUGUAUCUUCGUAUCUUGUUCGGCUACAGCCCUUUGCCGACACGUAUAAGACACUUCAAGGAGAUCAAUGGGGUCCGCCUGACCGUUUGUUCAAUUCAGUUUCCAGGGCUUGGACAUCGGCAUCAUCUGAAGCAAGUACUGAUGUGAGGGAGCUGAUACCAGAAUUCUAUUAUCUCCCCGAUUUUCUUACUAACAAGAAUAGUUACAAUUUCGGCACCACACAGAAUGGAAAAGAAGUGACAGAUGUAGCGCUUCCUCCUUGGGCAAAAAAUGAUCCUAAGAUAUUCAUUGAGAUUAAUAGACAAGCACUUGAGAGUCGUUACGUGUCAGAACAUUUGAAUGAAUGGAUUGAUUUAGUUUUCGGAUUCAAACAAAGGGGAAAGGAAGCUAUUAAAGCCGUGAAUGUUUUCAAUUCUUUAAGUUAUUCUGGAAAUGUAGAUAUCAAUGGAAUUGACAAUGACAUUGAACGCAAAGCUAUAACUGGCAUUAUCCAUAACUUUGGUCAAACGCCACUACAAAUUUUCCAACACCCUCACCCGCCAAGAAAAUGUAAAGCAUAUUUAGAGGUCGAGGAUGAAGAUGUCCGUAAAUUCGGUGAUCUUAAACCUAGCAUCAACAGAACAGCAGACAAGCAAAGCUGUAUAUGUUUACCCUCAAUAUCACAUAGGGACAUAAAGCUAAAAAAUGGAGGUGUUAAGCAUGCCCACUCCUCAAAAAUCACAGUACUAAGCAAUUUUGAUCAAUCACUUAUUGCUACAGGUGAUUCAAUUGGAUUGAUAAAACUUUGGAGGACGAGUAAGGAUGGACUAACCUUUUUGAGAUGCUUUUGUGGCCAUGAAUCUUCUAUCAAAAGUAUUAGAGCUUCUUUACAAUGUGAUACGAUUAUUUCAUUAGAUACUCAUGGGACGACAAUUGUCUGGGAUUUGAAGAAUGGUACAGUAAUAAACAAAUUCUCCAUAAUGGCUAAAUUGGUAGCUAUUUCGCCCACUACAGGAAGUGUAUCCAUUGCUGGAGAGAAAGGAAUAUCAAUCUUUGACCUAAAUGGGUCAAUAUAUUGUCUACACGAGACGGCAGAAGAAAUAUCAGCAAUCGCAUUUAUGGAUCGAGACGUGUUCUGGCCAUAUAAAUACCAUGAAAAGCUAGACACGGUGCUUGUAGCGACAGGAAACAAAAUUACUGUGUAUGACUUCAAGUUGGUGCAACAAAAAUGGAAACUAUUGCCUCAACAAAGCAUUUCAAAUCAUCAGGUAAAAUCUAUCGUUGACAUCAAAGUUGAAAUCAACAACAAUGGAUCCGAAGCAGGGAAACUGAAAAAGGGUACGAGUCUCAUAACAGUUGAUAAAGAUGGACGCAAUUGGUCAUGGGAAUGA